GGAGACCGGAAGCUAGGGGAACUGAGUUCGGCGGUGGGAGAGGGCACCCGGAGGGUUUUCUCAGGGACUCCAGCCCUAGAGACGCGCCCCGCGUUGCUAAGGGAGGCGUGGGAGGCUGUGGAGCGUAGAGGCUGCGGACGCCCUCCGCCUCGGCGUCCUCGGUUGGCCUCAGCUCCUGGCCCGGCCGACCCGCCGGUGGAGAUUAGGAAGUGGCUGCCUGAACUAUUUUCCAAAAGAUAAACAUUACAAAGUAUUGAAUACGGCAGCUCACCAAGAAGAUCCUACUGGUUUAGGGGGAAAACAACUUCCAGCAGCCACAAGGAAUGCUGUUACUCAGGUGCCAUCUGAAACAAGCUUCGCCCCAGAAGGUUUUGUGCAGGUUCUGUGCAGCGAUGGGGAAACUACAGAGCAAACUCAAACACAGCACUUACAGAUACAGCAGCCCCGAUGGAUUUAUAGAAGAGAGAAUGCAAACUAAAGCUUUUCAACAGUAUAGCCCAGCUCACGUGGAUGCCGUCUCUGUUGUUGCUGCUCUGAACUCAGACCUCUGUGUCUCCGGAGGAAAAGAUAAGACAGUUGUGGCCUAUAACUGGAGAACUGGACAUGUGGUGAAAAGGUUCAAAGGACAUGACCGUGAAAUCACCAAGAUUGCCUGUAUUCACAAGUCAAACCAGUUCUUCAGCGCCUCUCGCGACAAGAUGGUCAUGAUGUGGGAGUUGCAAGGCCCUUCACAACCAAGGCAGCAGUUCUCCGGCCAUGCCAUGGUGGUCACUGGAUUGGCUGUGAGUCCAGACUCAUCACAGCUGUGCACUGGCUCCCGUGACAACACCCUGCUCCUGUGGGAUGUGGGGACCGGACAGUGUGUAGAGAAAGCUUCAGUCUCCAGAAACCUGGUCACUCACCUGUGCUGGGUCCCCAGAGAACCUUAUAUACUCCAGACUUCUGAAGACAAAACCAUCAGAUUGUGGGACAGUCGGGGGCUGCAGAUAGCUCAUACAUUUCCCACAAAGCAGCACAUCCAGACCUACUGCGAGGUCAGUGAGGAUGGACACAGGUGUAUCUCUUGCAGCAGCGGCUUUGGAGGGGAAGGCUGCGAAGCCACGUUGUGGGACCUGAGGCAGACGCGGAACAGAAUCUGUGAGUAUAAAGGCCAUUUCCAGACUGUUGCAUCCUGUGUCUUUCUACCAAGAGCAUUAGCCUCCAUGCCUGUAAUUGCUACCUCAUCACAUGACUGCAAGGUGAAGAUCUGGAACGAAGAUACUGGAGUCUGCCUUUUCACCUUGUCUCUGGAUGGAUCGGGACCUUUGACUUCCCUGGCUGUUGCCGACACCAUCUCCUUACUGUGUGCAAGUUUCAGCAGAGGAAUUCACUUACUCAGGGUGGACCACAGCCGAGGGCUGGAACUGCGGGAAGUAGCAGCAUUCUGAGACUAAGAGACUGUCACUGGACAAUAGCAAAUGCUGGCCCCUCCUUUCUCAGUGUGACUUUGUGUUUGUUCAUGUCAUCUUGGGGGAGGAUGAUGUGGGGUUAGUGUUCUUUGCUUAGGUUCUUUUAGAAGGUACAUCACUGUUAAAAGUCAGUUGAAGUCCAGUGGUUCAAAAUCAGGUGCAGAGAUGAGAAACACGGAUACAACCGUAACUUAGGUUCUCAAUCUAAGUUAAAUCCACAUGCAGUGUUUUUUUUGGGGGGGGUUCUUUUUAGGGCCGCACUCGCGGCAUAUGGAAGUUCCCAGGCUAGGGGUCGAAUCAGAGCUGUAGCUGCUGGCCAACGCCACAGCAACGGCAGAGCUGAGCCGCAUCUGCAACCUGUACCACAGCUCACAGCCAUGCUGGGUCCUUAACCUACUGAGCGAGGCCAGGGAUCGAACCCAACUCCUCAUGGAUACUAGUCGGAUUUGUUACUCCUCCGUGUGCAAUUUUUAAUAAGCUUCAGGGACUCUUCAAAAAUAAAUAAAUAAAUAAGUUAUGGCUCAAAGUGAUGACCAUAGGUAUAAGAGUGACAGGCUUCUAUCUGUGAGAGUCAGAACACAGGUCUGAGUCUGUUCAGCUGACCUUUUCCGUGUCUCCACAAAAGAAAGAAAAAAAAUGCAGCAGGGCCGGAAACCCUGUUUUGGCUGCGUCAAAAUUUCCUAGCUGGGAAAGAAUGGUACAGCUCUGUGGAGGAAAUGGAUUAUAGGCCUGAGAUUAAGCACUAAUCCCUGCUCUCAGCAAUGUGAAGAAUCGAGGUUCAGGCAAGAAAGCAGAAGGCUUGGUUUCUCUUCACAUUAGUCACAGAGCGGGAGGUGGCACAUCCCGGGACCGGUGCUAGGGCUGCGUGGACACAAGACCCGAGAGGGUGUGGAGAGGCUGCCAACCACAGCGAGCCUCCCAGAGUUAUAUGCGUCAUCAGAUCCAUUCCAUGGAGAGGAAACGGAGAAUAAGGCUGCAGAAUUUCACUUGUAUAUUUUAAUAUUUGCAUGUAAUUUUAUAUAAACUCUUCCUGGAGAAUGACCAGAGUGAGGCAAAGGGAAUCUCUGCAAUAACCAUGGAAAAUAAAAAGUCAAAAGAUGGACUCAACUAUGCCAGCCAGAGCACCCUCAGUGAGAAGGGGCAGGGUGCUCGUGUCUGCCUGUGUGGCCCCCAGGAGAUCCGCCCCCAGCCUGGUGCUUAUAGCCUGCUUUCCUCCAGGGAAAACAGUCACAACACCUUCGGGCAGGCCCACACAUAAGGCAGCUGAGGCCUAGAGAGUCCCUUUCUAAUGAAUCCCAAAGAAAGUGUUUGUCCUCUCUGUCCCUUGCCUGUCCCUGAUACCAGUGAAGGAUAGCAGUCUUCCUUGUCCCUCUCCUGCUCCUCUUCAGGGCUGGCUCCCCCGUGCUGUCUCCAGACACCAGGGAGAAUCUUAAGCUAGUACAAAGCAUCAGACCUGAGUUGGACUCUGUUUCUCCAUUUAGCUGGAUCAUCUUGGGAAAGUUAUAAAACCUCAGUUGCCUCACUUAUAAUAUGGAGCCUGGAGUUCCCGUCAUGGCUUAGCGGCAACAAACCUGACUGGUAUCCACGAGGAUGCAGGUGUGAUCCCUGGCCCUCGCUUAAUGGGUUAGGGAUCCCGUGUUGCCGUGAGCUGUGGUGUAGAUUGCAGAGGCAGCUCGAAUCUGGCGUUGCCAUGGCUGUGGUGCAGGCCGGCAGCUGCAACUCUGAUUCAAUCCCUAGCCUGGGAAUCUCCAUAUGCCACGGGUGUGGCCCUAAAAAAACCACAAAUAAUGAUAAUAAUAAUAUGGAGCCCAUAAUCAUACACCCUCACAGGGCCACUCUGAGGAUUAGACUAUGUUAAAUGCCAAGCAGGAUCUGGGUCCUUGCAAGUGGCAGUUCUAGCUACUUACUGCCCUCUCUGUCCAGACUAAACGCUGCCCUUUCAAAACGACACAUUUACCAUCCCUUCAUCGUUCUCCUUAGACCAUAUUUUUUACAUCUUGCGUCGUUGUUCAGCUUCCCCGUGACUCCUUAAGUUAGAGAUCUUUGAGCCCUGGAAGGACAGAGAGGGUGGUGGGAGAGGAAGCUGCAUCACUGAGCACCGAACAGAUGGCUGAAUACCUUCCGUCUCACUGCAGUUCUGUUAGUCCCGUGUCGCAGAUGAGGAAGCUGAGGCCCAGGGACGCCCAGUCCUUCGCCUGAGGUUACGCACGUCGGGAGGAAGGGGAGGAACUGCGAUUUGAGCCUGAGUCUUGCCUGCCUCUCCUCCUCAGCCCUUUGCCUCUGCAUGAUGUCACAAAGUUCACUUGAGAAAUUUGUAGACCGUGACAUUGUUUGUGUAUUUUCUAGACUAGUUAUUAACUUUUUGGCUCCAAGGACAUCCUCCCGGCCAGGUGCCCACGAGCAGUAGACAGGUGUCUCAGGGAAAGUCCUAGUGUAUCCUGAACUAUUAGUGCUACAGCUGAGCCUCUCUUCUAGAGGUUAGACAGAAGAUCCAAGGGAGUGGGUUGGGAUGGAGUUCCAGGGAAGGAGCCAGAAGGAACAUACAUGUGAGAAAAUAGGAGGCCACUGAGGAAUUAAACCAGUUGUUACCAAUUAAAUUGCUUCCUACACGCUACACCUGCUUGAUGUAAAUAGUCCUUAUCUGUGCAUUUUAAGUAGAAAGUUGAUUAAUAAAUGCAAAUGUUUUAUCGGAUUUUUCAGUCUUAUAUACCCUAAUCAGGUACUCUGAGCAACUAAGAUACAGGCUGCUAAAACGCAUUCAUUUGUUCAUUGAACACUUCAUUUUUUUUUUGUCUUUUGUCUUUUUAGGGCCACACCAGUGGCAUAUGGAGGUUCCCAGGCUAGGGGUCAAAUCGGAGCUGUAGUUGCUGGCCUACGCCACAGCCACAGCAACACAGCAUCGGAGUCAUGUCUGCAACCUGCACCACAGCUCAUGGCAACACCAGAUGCUUAACUCACUGAGCAAGGCCAGGGAUCGAACCUGUGUCCUCAUGGAUGCUAGUCAGAUUUGUUUCCACUGAGCCAUGAGGGGAACUCCUGAACACUUCAUUUUCGAGUCUGUUCCUCUAAAAUCAUAUAAAGGGAUUUUCCAAAGACAACUGACUUUUUCUAGGAAAAUUAAGUCCUUGGAAUCUGGCCAAUUAUAUAUUAAAUUUUUAAAUUUAUGUAUUUACCUACAUGAGUUAAAAUAUUUAUAUCUUUAAGGAAAAUGAGUGGUGAUUAUUAAUGACCUUUUAUUUAUUUGCUUUCUUUGUGGUUUAAACUCUCUUAAAAGAUGACCUUUAUUUUUACUGAAAAGUUAAAAAUGAUCUGGAAGAGAGUCAUUGUUCUUUUUCAAAUAGCUACCACCAAGAACUGUGAUGCAGUGACUGUCAUUGGUGGUACUAAAGUAUCAGAUAAGUCCCCAUUGUCACUGUCUUCCUGGACAAUGAUUAUUCAAGAAGAUUCUCCAGAAGUCCUGAGUUCCCAGUCACUGAAGAAAAAAUACCAAUCUUUUAGCUGUAGCAGCAGAAAGGUACCUUCAGAUAUAGGGGUUUUCAGCAUUAGUCUUGAGAGACAUGUUCUUUUCAGUCCGUAACAGCCUUCAUUUUGACCUAGGAAUUACAAGUAUCGAACUCAGGUCACUUGGUGGUUUUAAUCUUUCAACACUAAGAGAAAGGAACUUCACUUCUUCUUUUUCUUUUUUGUCUUUUUAGGGCCACAUCUGCAGCAUGUGGAAGUUCCCAGGCUAGGGGUCUAAUCAGAGCUGAGCUGCUGGCCUUCACCACAGCCACAGCAACAUGGGAUCUUUAAUCCACUGAGCAGGGCCAGGGAUCAAAGCCAGGUCCUCAUGGAUACCAGUUAAGUUUGUUAUCAUUGAACCACAGUGGGAAUGCCUGAACUUAGCUUUUUUCUGGGUGGCCUUUUGAAAACGUCAUCAUUAAAGAACAGCUUUAUCUUUAAAAACAGACUGCUAGUUGUUCCUGAAGUUGGCAUUUCCUGGCCUAGGCUGUUCAGCUAAGACCACAUUCUCAGCUAGGCACGGCCGUGAGAAUAAACUCGUGUCAGUGGAUUGUGAUUGGAAGCGAUGUGUGUCACUUCCGCCUUAUUAGCCAAAACGAACAUGUUUGUCCAGGACUCCCCCUCUGGGUCCCUUUCCACUUGGUGGAAUGCAGACCGCCAAGAAGAGCUUCAGCUACUCAGUCAAGGACAAGAUGAUGGAACACAAGAAAGAAGGAACCCGGGGUCCCAAAUAACCUCCGGGAGCUGAACUCUACCAACAGCCUGACCAGCGGGACCGUGACUUGAAAGAGACAUGAACAUGCUUUUUAAGCCACUGCAUAAUCUUUCAACUUUUAAUUCCAAUAUAGAAAUCAUAAAUAGUUUCAGACAGGAGUCCUUUUGUAGCACAGUAGGUUACGGAUCUGGCUUUGUCACUUUCGUGGCCAGGUUGCUGCUGUGGCGCAGGUUCGAUCCCUAGCCCAGGAAUUUCCACAUAAGCGGCCAAAAAAAGAGUUGCAGACAGCUUAAGUUUAUCGCUGGCCGAGUUUUCAUAUGCUGAGCACACGCUAGUAACCUAGAUGAAGACACGUGAUACGGCCAAGAACCCAGAUGGCCUUCUUUGUACUUCCCUCCAGAGCGUCUGCCAAGGAGUCUGUAACAGCAUACAUUGGUUUUGUCUGCUCUUCUACUUUAUAUAAGUGGAAUCUUAUUGUAGUACAUGAAGAUACGGCCACAAAUUUCUCCCAUCCCUGCAUGCGUGACCCUUUGCAAGGUAACAUCUCAUUAAAGGGUGGGAUCUAUUUUCCCACCCCUUGAAUCUGUGUGGGUCUUUGACUUGGUUGACCAACGGAAUGCAGAGGAACAAAUGCUGUGCAAGUCUGAGGCUCGGCCUUAAAGAAAGCUUGCAGGUUCACUUUCAACCUCCUGGAAUGCUACUCGGAAGUCUUCAUGUCAGGGAGGUGACCUAGGCCAUGUGGAAAAGAAUCCAGCACCACAACACAUGUGAACCAGGUCACUUUGGACCACUCAACCCUGCCAGAUCUGCAGCUGAAUGCAGCUGCAGAUGAAGUCAGAAAGGAAACUGUACAGGUAGCUCAUACAAUCAUGAAAAAUAAUAACUUGUUUUAAGAUACUAAGUUUUGGGACAGUUGGUUAUACAGCAAUAGAUUUACAUAAAACAGUACGUGCUCUUAUUUUUGGUCAGGCUUCUCUUGCUCAACACGAUUGUGAGGUUAAUUCACAUUGUUGUAUGUAGCUGAAUAUCAUUCCUUCUCAUUGCUGGAUAGUAUUCUGUUGUGUGACAGUAUUAUAAUUAACCACUUAACUACUGAUGGGCACAUGGGUAGUUUCCAGUGUGGGGCUCUUAUAAGUACUGCUGCUAUGAACAUUCUAAUAUUAUGUCAUUUGGUAAAAUAUACAUGCAUUGGUGCUCAUUAUAUAACCAGCAGAGGUCUUUCUGGGCCACAGGGUAACUUUGCAUGAUCACUUUUCGAAGAUACCACCUCUUUCCCAAUAGGUUUGUCCCAGUUCACACUCCCACCCGCUGUGCAGGCGAGUCAGCAGAGUUGCAUUUGUUUCAUACCCUUGGUAACACUCUGUGCUCUUAAUCUUUGCAACCCUCAGUUUUAAAGAUGAGUAUGUAGGAGUUCCCACCAUGGCACAGUGGGUUAAGAAUUUGCAGCAGCUCAGGUCACUCCGGAGGUACGAGUUCGAUCCCCAGCCUGGCACAGUGGGUUAAAGGAUCCCGUGUUGCUGCAGCUGUGGCUUGGAUUCAGUCUUUGGACCAGAACUUCCAUAUGUUGUGGGUGCAGCUAUAAAAUUAAAGAUGAAUGUGUAGAUGUUGAAGACUGUGCUAAGGAAGUGGCAGCUCCAUGGGCCAACAUUAGAAAGAAGCUAAGGAGUUCCUGCUGUGAUACAUGGGAUUGACAGCGUCUCUGCAGCAAUAGGAUGCAGGUUCCAUCCCUGGCCUGGCACAGUGGGUUAAAGGAUCCGGCUUUGCCACAGCUGCGGGCUAGCUCACAAGUAGGGCUCAGAUCUGAUCUCCCUGGCCCUUGGAACUCCUUAUGCUAUGGGGUGGCCAUGAACAAAAAA